AGAAUCCCUAGGUCCAUUUAUAGAAGCUUGCAAUCCACAGCAAACAACAGUUGCAAUGAAAUAUAUAGUAGCAUCUAUCUAUUUGCUGGUCUGCAUUUUGAGCCUGUUGGGCAACUCCUUGGUGAUUAUGGUGGUGAGCUACAGUAAAGAAAACCAUUCUGUUACUGAUGUUUAUCUCCUGAACCUGGCUAUUGCCGACCUCCUCUUUGCAGUCACUUUGCCCAUCUGGGCUGUGGAUCGAGCUCAUGAGUGGAUCUUUGGCACUUUCAUGUGCAAAAUUGCCUCAGUCCUGAAGGAAAUCAACUUCUACAGUGGUGUCCUCCUGUUGGCCUUUAUCAGUUUUGAUCGUUAUUUGGCCAUAGUUUAUGCGACUCGGGCAGCCACUCAGAAGAGACACUGGGUCAAAUUUGUCUGCAUCGGCAUCUGGCUCUUUGCAUUCCUAUUUUCGCUUCCUGUGAUCCGCUUCCGAGAAGCUUUUCUAAAUUCAAAUCCCCCUCACACAGUUUGUUAUGAGAACAUUGGUGGGAAUCAAACAACAAAAUGGAGGGUAGUGUUGAGAAUUUUACCUCAGGUGUUUGGUUUUCUCCUCCCCUUGAUUAUCAUGAUCAUUUGCUAUGGAAUAACAGUGCACAGACUCUACCAGAUGAAGAACAAGCAAAAGAAGAAGGCAAUGAAAGUAAUCUUGGCCGUAGUGCUGGUCUUUGUGAUCUGUUGGCUGCCUUACAACAUCGCCCUGCUUUUUGAUACUUUGUUGAGGAUUGACAUCAUUACGGACACUUGCUCAGUUCGACAAAGAGUUGAUGAUGCUUUGUCAGGUACUGAGAUUUUGGGCGUUGCUCACAGCUGUAUCAACCCCAUCAUAUACGCCUUUAUAGGACAGAAAUUCCGGAACAACUUCCUCAAGAUCUUGGUCUCACGAGGUAUCAUCAGCAAAGAGAUCCUGAUACGAUAUAGGAGGGGAUCCAGCUUAUCAACUUCCUCUGGUAACACUUCAACUACCCUGUAAUAAACUUGCCCCCCUGAAGAAAAGGCAACUGAAAAAAUUCUGUGGCUGCAUAACCUGGCAUUUUCCGUGAUGAUACA